CAGGAUGUCCAAGAGAGCUGAAAGACAUGUUGAUACUGACAGUGAACUUAAUGAAGACACUGAUGACUCGAGCAGAGUUGAGCCUGAGCCUAGUCAGUGUUCUACUGGUAUUAAGAAAAAAAAGACGAGUAAAUCCUAUGAUCAAGUGUUCCGCAGUGAAUGGCUAGCUAAUCCUGAAAUGAAAAGUUGGCUGACCAGGGACAAGAAGGACCAGAAUGCAUUUUGUAAGUUCUGCAAUACUACAAUAAAGCCCAAACUGUCUGUGCUGCGAACCCACAUGACAUCUAAGAAACACCGAUCAUUGGCAGACUCGGCACAAGGAAGUAACAAGAUAUCGGCUAUGUUUAAGGAAUCCACUAAUGUUAAGGAUGCUAUCAGUCGUGCGGAGAUCAUUGUUGCUGCCAUGGCUGUAGAACACCACCUCUCAUACAAACUCAUGGACCAUCUCUCUGAGAUCUUCCCAAAAUUUUUCCCUGACUCUGAGAUUGCAAAAAGUUAUGCAAGUAAACGAACCAAAUGUUCUGCUAUUGUUGAUAAUGUUCUUGCUGAAAGUUUCAAGAAAGACCUAUUGAAAGACAUUCACCAAGCUCAGCACUUUUCACUCAUUAUUGAUGAAUCUACUGACAUUUCUACAGAUUCAGUCAUGGCAAUUGUAGUUAAGUAUUUUGACUUGCAAAAACAGAGUGUUCAAGCUCACUUGCUUAGUUUGCCAGUUGUAAAAGGGCAAUCUGCUCAGCAGCUUUUUGAUACUUUGUAUGAUGAACUAAAGGCUAGUGAUUUAGAUUUGUGUAACUGUGUUGGAUUUGCUGCUGAUACAACCAAUGUGAUGUUUGGAGGCAAAAACAGUGUUGUUUCUAGACUGCAGGAAAAAAAUCCCAGCUUAAUUUUGGUUAAGUGUGUGUGUCACUCCAUUUCUUUAGCUGUCAGUCAUGCUACUAAACUACUGCCAAAGACAUUGGAACAGCUGGUUAGGGAAUGUAAUUCUUACUUUUCUCAUUCCAGUAAGAGAUUAAAAGACUUGAGUGAUUUUCAAGACUUCAUGCAGUGUCAACAUCAUCGUAUUUUGAAACUCCAUGAUGUGCGCUGGCUUUCGCUAAGUGCAUGUAUAUCACGAAUUCUUGAACAGUGGAAAGCAUUGCACUUGUACUUUCAACUGGCUCACACUGAAGAUCGAUUGCACUCUUCUGAUUUCCUGUAUAGGGAACUAAGUAAUCCGUACACACAUCUGUAUUUUCAGUUUUUGGAAUAUGUUCUUUCAAUGACAGACAAACUGAAUAUCAUGUUUCAAAGCCCUCAUGCAAUGAUUCAUUGUGUUGUCAAGGAUUGCUUUCUGCUGUAUAUUCAGGUUCUUAGUUGCUUUAUUAAGCCUUCAGUUCUGAAAGUCCCAAUGCAGGAAGUCCUUAAUGUUGACCCAAGAGAUCCAAAUAUUCAUCUUCCAUUAACUCAAAUAUAUGGUGGGGUCAAAUUUGCCAAACUGCUUGAGAGUAGUGCUAAUAAGAGGGAGGAACAGGACACAAGUUUAAUGUUUAGACGCAUCCAGCAACUCCUGGUAGAAUUGUCUGUUCAAUUACAAAAACGACUUCCUCUAAAUAACCAAACUCUGUCAGAGGCCUGUUCUCUUCUUGAUCCCACAGCCCUUGUAGGAAGUGAUAGACAGUCCCUCUUGGAUAUUUCAUCAAAAUUUCCCAACAUCAUAGCAGAGAAUGAACAGCAAGACUUGGACUGUGAAUGGCGUUCAUUGUCAUUGAGUGGUGACAUAGAUAGCUUUUUGUCACAGGACUCUAACACAGAGUCUCUGUGGUACAGAGUCCAUGUAAGUGGUAGAUACCCUACAGUCUCCAAAUUAGCUAGAGCCUUGCUUAGUGUUCCAAUUUCAAAUGCUGACUGUGAGCGAAUUUUUUCCUUAGUCAACCUUAAGAAAAGCGAGAAGAGAAACAGACUGUCAAAUAUUUCUCUGAAUAAUGAACUGAUAUCUGGGGAAGGAGUAAGGAAAGCAGGUGAUUGCAUAAACUUUGAGCCAACUCGUGAGAUGAUUAAGGCAGUGAACAAACAUAUAUAUGAUAAAUGAUGGGAUAUGGAGGAUUCAGGAUCAACCAAAUGAUCAAAUCUGCUGUAUUUUUAGUUAAUAAGGAUACAAAUAUGGUAAUUAUCAUUUACUUUCUUUAUCUUUAGCUAUGAAGUCUAACGUCACCAACACUGCAUUAAUGUCGCCACCUCUUAUAUAACACACAAUUUCAUCUAAACUUAAUAAAACAAUUGUGCUUUUAUUAAUAACUGCCACGUUUCAAUAAGGUAAGCAAUAUUUUUUUUUAAAUAGGUCUAAGAGAAUUGGCGACUUUUGUGCAGUGCUAACUUUAGUGUUGAAGACGUUAGAAGAGCACCUCGGCAACCAUUUCUGAUAGUAUUUUAUGGAAAUUGAUUGAUUUACAUAAUUUCACAUAGUGUGUUGUAAUUAUAAAUCAUGAAAUAAACUAAUUCCUGUUUAGCAUAAUUUUGGCAUAAUUUUUUCACUCAUUUAGCACAUUUUUGCUUAAUCUAGCACAAUUUUAUACUGAGUCUAGCAUAAUUUUGCAAAUGUGAUCUGGUAA